GUACAGUAGUGCACUGUAUUUUCUUAAUCUUCUAAUUAGUAAUUAAAAAAUCAGUUAAAUCCAUUUCAAUCCGAUAAUUACUUUAACUAAUCAACAUAAACUGGCAGUGAAAGAACUUAACCUCACUAGUUUAAAAGAUGACAUUUUAAGAGAAAAAUAAUACGUGGGAUAUCAAACAAAAGAAGCAUUAAUGUCACGAACUCUACAUUCGUCGGAUAUCAGUUGAUAAGUGCGUGAACUUGUAGAACUUUUCAUACAUUCUGCUCCGAAUGAAUGCAGUGAACAAAUUUGUGACAUACCUGUUUGUUGUCAACGUGUUCUGUUGCUGUCAUCGCUUCGAACUGUGUUACAUCUGCGGAAAAUAUUUUGACAGCGUGACUUAUUUCAACAGAAAAAAUUGUUUGCUCUUUUUGUGUAGUUCGUGGUUCAGUUUAAACCUAAGUUUACCGUAAUGUGGAAUACAGACACGUUUCAAAGAGGUUAAAACUAGAAUAACUGCACUUCGCUCAUUAAUUCGUUUUUUUUUAUAAAUAAUGCAUGUACAUGUAUUGGAAACAGAGUAGAUGUGUGAAUAAUGUCGACGUUUUUGACAGUGCCGUACAAUAAGCAUCGACUUUUGUUUUUUAAAUCCUUAUUCUUGUGCAUGUUGCCGUAUGGAAGUUUCGCGACAUAACCUAUAAACUGACAAUACAUUUUGAAGCCGCGAACUUUACUUAUAUACAGAAUUGUGCAACCGGCUUUCAGAGCUUUAGACUGAGAUUUCGGAAAAAUCAUAGGAACAGGAGUUUGUUAUAUUUUUAGUUGGGAUUUUAGAAAUCAGGGGGAAACAAUGAAGAGAAGAAUGGAAAAGGAGAACAAGCUCGAAGAAGGUUCCGGUGAAGUCGAAAAUCAUGAGCACCUUGAGCAGGGGGACAUACGUGGUGAUGAAAGAAGUAUUGCUAUUUUAUUUUUUCUGUACCUUUUGCAAGGUAUACCUCUUGGAUUGAGUGCUGCCAUUCCUAUGUUACUCCAAAAUAGAAGUGUUUCCUAUCGUCAACAGGCAGAAUUCAGUUUAGUGAACUGGCCUUUUUCACUGAAGCUUUUUUGGGCACCAAUAGUAGAUUCUGUAUAUUUACGGAAAUUCGGCCGCAGGAAAACAUGGCUAGUUCCAAUCCAAUACUUAAUGGGACUAUUUAUGCUCUUUCUUUCCGGUCAUGUAGACAAAUGGAUAGGAAACGAAGCCGAAAGUCUGAACAUUGGACUCCUAACAAUGUUAUUCUUUUCGUUAAAUCUCCUUGCCGCGACUCAGGAUAUAGUCGUCGACGGCUGGGCACUCACAAUGCUCAAAAGAUGCAACGUCGGAUAUGCAUCAACUUGUAACAGCGUUGGCCAAACAGCAGGUUAUUUUCUUGGCUACGUUCUCUUUAUGGCCCUAGAAUCAGCCAAGUUCUGCAAUGACUAUCUCAGAUCUGAACCCUCGGAUGAAGGACUCCUCACACUGCCAGGAUUUUUGUACUUUUGGGGAUGGGUAUUUAUAGUCACAACCACCUUAAUUGCCUUACUUAAACAUGAGCAUUCAAGGUCAAAUGCUAAAGACACUCAGGUAGACAUGAAUAUCACACAUGCUUACAAAACGCUCUGGAUGAUUGUCAAAUUACCAAGCAUGAAGAAUAUGAUGUUGUUUCUUCUAACCGCCAAGAUUGGAUUUUCGGCAUGCGAUGCAGUGACGAGUUUGAAACUCGUAGAGGCUGGAAUUCCAAAAGAAAAGUUUGCUAUGAUAGUUGUUCCAAUGAUACCUUUACAGAUCAUUUUGCCAAUUGUCAUAUCGAAAUAUACAUCGGGACCAAAACCAAUGAACGUCUACUCGAUGGCUAUACCAUAUAGAUUGGCUUUUGGUUUAGUCGCAGGCGCCUUAGUUUGGGUGACUCCCUAUCUCAUAUCAAAUGGGAAUGUGCCUGGAUACUACUUCGUCGGUUUAAUUUUAAUAUAUUUCUUUCACCAGAUUUGCAUCAGCAGUAUGUUUGUCGCCUCCAUGGCUUUUUUUGCAAAAAUCAGCGAUCCCGCUGUUGGCGGAACGUACAUGACGUUUUUAAAUACAAUAGCAAAUCUCGGAGGCAAUUGGCCAACAACUGCUGCUCUUUGGUUCGUGGAUGCUUUAACUUUUAGGCAAUGCAGCAACGAUGCUUCCAACGACUGUAGCACAGCCGAAGAAAAAGGGUUCUGUCUCAAAAACGGUGGAGCCUGCACAACAAAUUUAGAUGGGUAUUACAUAGAAAUAAUUUUGUGCUUCAUCAUAGGUUGCUUGUGGUUUAGGUGGGGUAGGAGAAAAAUCGAGUUUUUGCAAGCAAGACCACUCUCGGCUUGGAAAGUCGUUCGAUCCAGGAGUUAACAACUCCUUAAAAUUUGAAAUUUUGUCUCUUGAUGAGUGAGUGUCCUGCCUUUGUUGUCUACUUCACAUUCCAUCGUCAAUUAACUGAAAGAAAAAGAACUUAUUUUGAAACUCAAUCACUUGAUUCUUAUCAUUCGGUUGGCUGAAAUAUCGCACCAUUUAUUCCGUGAGUUUCUCAAUCUUUCGCAAGGAGACAAUAACGAACUCGUUCAUAAUUCCUCAACGAGUCUUAGCACAAUUAUGGACGCAAGUGAACAGGGAAACUAUUUAUUAUUGAUUGUGUAAUUAACUAUUUAAGCAGUUCUCAAGAGAAAAGUAUUAUACGUUGGGUAAUAUUUUACAAGAUCCACAGAAAUGGAAAUAAAAAAGCAGAAACAUUUUUUUAAACAGAAGGCUGCCAGAUCCUCGUUGAGUGAAUUUUGCUCGCUAAUUUUUGUUUUGACUGUGUGCAUUAUUUUUAAUUCAACAACAAAUGCUGAGACAACUUUUUUUUAUAAACCAAGGUGAUUUUUUGAUAAAAAAAAGAUAGGAUACAAGAUUUUGUGCGACGUAGUCUCUUUUAUAGAGAGCUUAAUGAAACACUAUGAAAAGAAUUUAGAACUCGUGUGACUUUAAUUAACAAAUUUAAAUUUUAAGGUUCUGUGAUUGAAAGUAGUAUAGUUUCUGAGAAGAAUGUAGAAAAUAUUGUGUGUACAGGGACGUGCUGAUAUUUUGAAUUGUUUGUAAAUCGAAGAAUAUCUGAGUUUUUUUGUUUUUUUGAGUGGCAGAUUUGAAACUAAGUUUCAAAGAGACCAUGGUUUGCGCUUAGAAGAUAUGUAAAUAGAAGUUAAUAAAAUUAAAAGAAAAAAUA